UCACAAGUAUGGCUGCGCCCAUGAAGAAGAAACAUGUAACAAAAUUAUCCAAAACGAAACGACGAUUGCAGAAUUUCGCGAAGCAAAUUUUGAAGUUCAAUUACAGGGAAUACUGUAGUAGCUUACUUUUCGACCCACGUUUUACUUGGACUGUUGCGGCACUUCUCCUUCUAGCUGAAAUAGUUGUGAAUUUAUUGGUUAUCAACCAUGUCAAAUAUACAGAGAUAGACUGGAGAGCUUACAUGCAGGAAGUGGAAGGUGUUAUCAAUGGCACAUAUGACUAUACACAAUUAAAAGGAGAUACUGGACCUUUAGUUUACCCAGCUGGGUUUGUAUACAUAUAUGGUGCUCUAUACUACAUAACCGACCAUGGAUCCAACAUCCGGCUUGGGCAGUAUAUAUUUAUGGGAUUGUACAUGCUCACAGUUGUUACUGUAUUUAGCAUAUAUAGGAAGGCAGAAAAGGUGCCACCAUAUGUAUUCUUCUUCAUGUGCUGCGCCUCAUAUAGAAUCCAUUCUAUCUACAUUCUGCGGCUGUUUAAUGACCCUGUAGCAAUGACAUUUCUGUACCUGGCCAUUUUGUUGUUCUUAAAAAAUCGAUGGACAACUGGCUGCAUAUUCUUCAGCUUGGCUGUAUCAGUGAAGAUGAACAUACUGCUGUUUGCACCUGCAUUGUUCCUGCUUCUCUUGGCUACCCAAGGGAUUGUUGGAGCUUUCCUCAACAUUGCACUGUGUGCAUUAAUUCAGUUUCUGCUGGCUCUGCCUUUCCUGCUAGCGAACCCAUGGGGUUACAUCAUCAUGUCUUUUGACUUUGGCCGUCAGUUCUUCUACAUUUGGACUGUCAACUGGCGCUGUGUGUCUGAGGAGAUGUUUCUGAAUCGAUACUUUCAAGUUGCACUUUUAGUUGGCCAUCUAACUUUUCUGAGCACUUUUGCUGCAAGACACUGGGUGAGUUGCCUUGGCGGAUGGAAGGCUCUCUUGCAGACGAAGGGGUCGAAAAAACUGCUAAAUGCUAAUGAUAUUUUAACGCUACUGUUCACUUCUAAUUUGCUUGGAAUAGCAUUUAGCAGAUCUCUUCAUUAUCAGUUUUAUGUGUGGUACUAUCACACAUUGCCAUACCUUCUGUGGAGUGCCAGGCUUCCGACAGUACUGCGAAUAUUCAUGCUUGGAGUGGUGGAGUUGUGUUGGAACACGUAUCCGUCAACUGUUAGCAGUAGUUUAGCACUGCAUGCCUGCCACGUCAUUAUUAUCGGUGCCUUACUUCUGAGAGGACGUGAGAGCGAUAAACUACAUAUAAAAAAGCAGUUUUAAUAGGAGUACAUAGUUUCUAUGAGCUGUUUAUGAAACAGGUUUUCUACGAUGUGACUCAGUGUGUUUUGGUUCAGAGCAAAAUAAAAGUGGUUCUAUCAAUUGUAGUUUUAGUUGGUUUCUACUGGAUGUCCGUUAUAUUAAAUAAAGUAAUGACAAUGCUGUGUAAUUAUCUA